AUGGAUAACUCCCAAUUGACUGUUCCAUAUCCAAAGACUGAAAUUUCUUACAUCAAUCAGCUCACUAAACCACAGCAGGCACCCACUUCCUCCAUCCCUGGUAUCCAAGUUUGCAAAAGCUGUGCAGGAGCAGUUCUUCUGGCACAACAUCUCCCAUUCCUUGAGUUCCAUACUUCUGUUAAACCCAGAUACAUCAUUUGCAGUCUGUUUUGUUCACUCUUAAGCUUUCAAGUAUAUGCCAAAUUGAAAGUAUGGCUUCUGUGGGCUGCAUCAAGAAAGUACAACUUCGAUCUUAAUGUUUUAGAGUCUAAAGCACAAGAUGCUGAGGAUAGACUCGAAACAGUUGCCUCUCAAAAGUGUGGUGUUCCUUUUGCCAUUGGCUUCUUUCUCUUUGCUUUGAGAUGGUUGACAUUGUUACAGAACAAUGGAUUCAAAUUCAUUGGCUUGAGCAGGCUCUUCAUAUUACACAAUGGGGCACAGCGCAGCACGAGCAUGAAUAUUAGUGGGCCGUGCCAGGAUCAAAAAAUUAGAUGGUCCGAGAUGGCUAUUUCGGCUUUAAAGACUAUUUUGAAUCUCUGUGAUACUGUGGACGGUGGUAAAGACUUCUAUUUGCUUGGUUCUGAUUUUGAGAGCUAUUUAGUGGCUCAAGCUGCUGCUGAUAAAGCAUUUGCGGAUCCAAUUAAGUGGACUCAGAUGAGCAUAUCCUUAGCACAGCGGGGUAGGGGAGAUUUUGCAGUAAUAUUUGCAAGUGAGUAUCAAAUUGAUGGGGAUUGUUGCUCUGUCUCCACUUUUCUGAAGUUUGUGAUCAAUCGGAGCGGAGGAAACGCUACUGUUCUCAAGCUUCCCAAAUUAUGCACAGUAGAUGCUUUGAAUUUGCUGCAAAUGUAUUUGUCCAAAAGCUCUGUUCAUGGGCGUGUGGCAUUCUCAAUUGUGAAGUUGAUGUCUAAUAUCAAGUACUUAAAUUUGAAGACUGCAAAAGUUAAUCGGGAUGGUCUUGUCACGUUGCUGCGCGGAUGCAAAGAUCUGGUGAUGUUGGACACCAGAGAGUGUUCUAGUUUCGAUGAGAACAACAACGAAAUAUCAAAGCUUGCGUCUCAUAUUAGUAAAUUUAUGUGCGAGGGGUUCUGA